AUGGAUCCGGAAGCAAUAAAGAAUCUGCCACAAUCUCUCCCAGUUGGGAACUACAUGCUGAAUUCAAAACUGGGUGAAAGCUCUUUUUCCGUUGUCUGGAAAGCAGAGAACAGAUUAACAGGGGAAAAAGUAGCAGUGAAGCAAGUUUAUCUCUCUAAACUCAACAAGAAUUUGAGGAACUGUCUAGAUUGUGAGCUUAAUUUCUUGUCCUCUGUUAAUCACCCCAACAUCAUUCGCCUUCUUGAUGUCUUUGAGGAUGAAAGAUGUAUGUUCCUGGUUCUAGAGUUUUGUGCUGGAGGAAAUCUAUCUUCUUAUAUUCGACAACAUGGGAGAGUUCAAGAGAAGAUUGCUAGAAGAUUUAUGCAACAGCUAGGAGCUGGUUUGGAAAUUUUGCAUAGCCAUCAUAUCAUUCAUAGAGACUUGAAACCUGAGAACAUUCUCUUAUCUGGCAAGGAGAGAGAUAUGGUGCUCAAAAUUGCUGAUUUUGGUUUGUCGAGAAGGGUGCAUCCAGGCAAGUAUGCUGAUACAGUAUGUGGCUCUCCUUUAUACCUGGCUCCAGAAGUUCUUAAAUUUCAAAGAUAUGAUGAUAAGGCAAGGAUUUUGCUAAUGCUUUCCUUUGGCUCAUUGAUUUCUUUGUUUCGAACUAGAAUCCCUGAAAAUCAGAACUUAAUAUAUAGGUUGACAUGUGGAGUGUUGGUGCAAUUCUUUUUGAACUUCUUAAUGGUUACCAACCUUUCCAUGGCAGGACUAAUUUUCAGAACAUCACGUCAUGUUCAUGCCUUCCUUUCUCUCAACACAUCCUUUCAGGAUUGCAUCCAGACUGUGUUGACAUAUGCUCAAGACUUCUUUCUGCAAAUCCAGGUUUAG